AUGGGCAAUCGGCAGACGCACGAACGCCGUCAUUCAAGUUAUGCAUCAUUUGUGGUCACAAGUUCGUCAACAAAUCCCAAUGAAGAGCUCGAGAAUUACAUCUGUGCAGUCAAUGAAUCGAACGAUGGAUCAUCAACACCUUCGGUUCGUCUCGAAUUCGAAUCAUUUAUAUCGCCAAUCGUUAACAAUUCCCGUUUACAUUCAAUUUCAUCACCUAAUAAUGAGCAGUUAAUUGUUUAUGCAGCGCCGGUUAUUCAAAUGCAAUUAUCAUCACGUUGCAAAGAAACCAUUGAACGAUUGAAAGAAAUCAAAAAAGAAAAAUCAAUAUUAUUAGCAAUAAUUAAUCCUCCAAUACCCAAAACGCCUGCAAGACAGUACGAUGAUCAGCAACAAUCGGAAAAGAAGCUACUUAACCAAAUGAGUGAUUUGAUGAAAAGAAAACACCAAUUGAGAUUAAUUGAACUUGAAGAAUCAGUAUUGCUUGCUCAGAUACUACCCUUAGUCUCUUUGACUAAGGAAAACACAAGCAAAACUACACAAUAUUAUUGCGAGCAACAAGAUUUGCUCAAAUCUCCUUCACCGUCAAUGAAUACUGCUGUUGAUAAUGAACCAGAGACGCAGAAGCGCAACGGAAAUAAUAGCAAAGGCCUUUGGCGUGAUGCAUUUCGAGCGUUGAAAACUUCAACAGUUACAAGUGCAACAUCCGCUACUGCCAAUGAAAAUCGUCCAUCAUUUGUUCGACGACUAUCGUCGCGGAAGAAGAAGUCGAGUGUCGAUCGUGAACGUGAGCGGGAAAAAGAAGAAGAGAAACCAGUCACUAUUGAUCCAGUCUAUGAAACCCUACGAAUAGCAGCUGAGACGCGUAAACGUACAUUAGCAAACUAUCUUCAACAGCGACAACAAACUCUCAAUAAGCAAACAUCUCUCAAUAGUCAAGGCUCAUCUGAAGUUGAUACUCAACCAUCGCCCAGAGUCGUGCGCCAUAGUGACCAGAUGUCAUCUUCGCAAACGCCGACGACGACCACCACGGUUACCACAUCAUCUCUAUCAUCAGAUAACGGACGUAUGUCUAAUUAUUGA